UCGAGACGCGCUCCGGAGCAGAUAUCGAAGAACCCUACUUCAUGGCCAAGGCGCAACAGCCACCGUGGGUGGUACAAUUCAACGGAUGCCGCCGCUGGGACGAGACGCCGGACAUGCCGGUGCUGCAAGGGAAACUAUGCCUCGGCCUGGACGGAGACUGGUCGCUCAUGCUCGACGAGGUUACCAGCGGGUGCUCCCUCGUGAGCUUCGCUGACAUGUCGCGCUCGGCCCCCACCGUGAUCGAUCUUCCACCGUUGCCCGAGGACGCGCGGAAGCCGGACCUACUGUUCGGCUGCGCGCUCUCGUCGCAGACCCCACCCGACUGCACCGUUGUGCUCAGCUUCAUCAGGGCGAGGUUCCUCCUCCACUGCCGCCCCGGUGACGCAGGGUGGUCCAGACUCCCGGUGGAGCUUGUUCAGAAUAACGACCAGUUCGACGGCCCCAUAACCCCUGGCCGCCAGGGGAAGGUGUACGCGACGACCAUGGCGUCCUUGGUGGUUGUCGAUGCGUCCGGCCCGGCGCCAGUGGUUGAGAGGGCGGACAUGACGCGUCCGCCGCCGUGCCCAGUGCACAAUGGAUACAAGUGCUACCCGGUGCCAUGUCCCGGUGGCGAGCUCUUCUUGGUGCGCUGCUGCCUCUAUGGGUGCCCGGUGGAGGUGGUGGAUGUGAAGGUUUUCCGAUGGAACGAUGAGGGCAAUGCAUGGGAAACGGUGGACACCAUCGGCGAUAGAACUUUUUUUGUAGGCAACUUUAUUUUUGCGGUCCAGUCAGCGGCUGAAGCAGGAACUCAGCCCAACUGUAUCCAUGUGCUACGCGAGGUUUGUGGUGGAUUUGGUAUCUACACCGUGUCUCUGGAUGAUAUGACCAUUCGGCUCAGCAUAGUCGAGGGAUCUGACGAUGAUGGUCAGGAAGUUUUCUGGGCUCUUUCUACUAGCUUCGGUCUGGAAGCAGCACGAAUCAUCGACACUUCUGAUGAUGUCUCCAAUGAAGUGAUGCAAACAAGAAUUGAACAUUGUUGUGGAGAGCAAGAAAAAGAGGACACGGGGAUGAGCGCUGCGGCCUCUCGAGAGGAGAGGCAGUGGCGUGAUCUCCAUACCGACUUAUUGCAGUUACUAGUACCCAAGAUUUCAUUCAUCGAUUUCCUACACCUGAAAGUUGUCUGCAAGCAGUGGAACUUCAUUAAGAGCCCGAUCCAGAAUGCAAAAGUGUCACCAUUGCUCAUGACAACUCAGCCAGCAGGAAGGACCAAGGAGGAUCUUGUCGAGAUCUUCGAUCCAGUGAGCGAGAAGAAGUAUAGUAUCAGGUUAAAUAUCCCUACUUCAGGUCUCCAAUUUCAAGGAUCGCAGUUACUGCAUUUCACAAAGAACGGUUGGGUCAUCGUAUCGAGAGGCGGCGACCACAUGAUCUUCCUAGUGAAUCUGUUCAAGAACUACCCUAAUGGUGGCCAUGUGAUCGCUCUUCCACCUUUGGAUAUCCUUGGUCUCAGAGGAUUGUCAUUUUCUUCGGUGUCGGGUUCUCCGGACUUCAUGGUCCUUGCCGCAGGAUCUACCCCAAACGGCGAAGUUGUCAUGAUAAAGACAUGGCGAAUGGGAGAUGAAGAUUGGAAGGAUGAAUCCGCAGGCCACGACAACGUGACCUUCUUCAUGGCAUCUCACAGUCCCGUCUUCCUGGAUGGACUCUUCUAUUUUCUGGACAUCAAUGGCAGGCUUGGGGUGGUGGACCCGAACGAGGACGAAAUGGAAUGGAACAUCCUCGAAAAGCCGAAUCAACCGAUACGCGGAAGCGUUGAGGUGCAUUCUAGGGAAUAUUAUUAUAACUAUCUGGUGGAGUGGAAGGGGGAGUUGAUCGCCAUUAUCAGAGAGAACGGCGAUGAUGGGUCUGUCAGAACGUUCAAGCUCGAUCGGUCUCGGAUGGUUUGGUCCGAGUUGGAAGGCUUGGAGGACGCGGCCGUGUUUUGGGAUAGGAGCAAUGCUCUGAUUGUUGUGCCACCUACAGGAGAAGAUUCAUGUAACAAGAUGUUCCUCCCGAACUAUAGUGAGAUCAACAGUGGUGGCAGGACGCAGGCGUUCUACUCAUUCCAGGAGCAAUGCUACCGCCCUUCCUUCUAUGCCAAGGAGCCCAUGAACGCAAUAUGGUUCCAGCCAGACUUGGACCUAUACUUACAGUGACUUACCAGUAGUGCAUGUUACUUUUAGUUUUCUUACUUCACACUAGUAAGCGUGCACGUGCACGCACGUAUAACCGUGAGAAAAAAAUCUCAUGUAUAAACAUAUUUUUUGCAUGUAUUACGUAGGAUGUGGAUUCUGCGAAAAGGAAGUUAAGUACUUCCGGGGAAUGGAGA